GGAAAAUGUCGCUGGCAGAACUGAAGAUGAUGUACGCGCUUCGACAUCAAAACGGCGAGGAGAUAAGUACUGACCGCCUUGAGGUUGCGGUCAACGGUCUUCUCCCGGCAGAACAUGAUAUCGCAGGAAAAAAGCACUACAGUUAGUUACUUGCUUUUGCAGAUAUAGAAGCGUAGACCUGAUCGACAUGAGCAAAACAUGAUCACAAGGAAAACAUUCGUCAAGGUAGGCUCCUUUAGCAUUUUCCGCAUGGCCGAGGUUGUCUGUCUUGGUUGUCCUGCAGAAAUGUCCGUCAUUGUGAUGCUCUCGUGUAGUACUUUUUUCGCUGCAUCAUGGAGGGAACCAUCGACAAAAGUCAGCUGGAGGCAUACGACUUUGACGGAAACUCCCAUCUUUCGCUCGACGAAGUGAAGCUUCUCGUCCAAGUGGAAGAGAAUGAUGACGACCUAAUUGCGAACAGCGACGCGCUAGGCAUUGCGAAUGGCGUCUUGGGGGAGUCUAACAAGCUGAAGGACGUGGCAGAGUUGGGAACGUACGAUUUGGACGACGACGGGAAAAUGUCGCUGGAAGAACUGAAGGUGAUGUACACGCUUCGACAAAACGACGGGAAGAUCAAGCAAGCGCAACUAGUUGACAUAUCACGAAACCUGUUGCCUCUUGGAGAAUCUUGGCCCAAUUGGUUUGAAAGCACCCACGAGCAGCACCGCUUCGGCCAAACUCUGAGUCUCAAGGAGCUCACAGCGGCCGUGCGGCAGCCAGCAGCCUUCGAUCCGAGCCACAACUACAAUGAAGCGGAAGAGCGCAAUUACCGCGAGCUGUUACUUCAGUCUUCCCCAAAUUCCUAUAGCUUUGGACAAAUUUCAUCCACAAACGGUGGCGAGAACCCGGCGGACGGUAUGCAAAAAAUCUUCGACGCCCUCCAAAUCGACGGCGGCGAUUUUACGGAGGACGAGUUCAAUCAGCGGGACCUCGACGGCGACGGCCAUAUUGAUGGAAAGG